GAUUGCCAUUCAGUUAAAAGUCAGAGUGCUAAGAUAAAGAAAAAAUUUCGUAGUAGAAAUAAUUUAAACAAAUAACAACAAGACAAUAUGGUACGCCGUGGACGUUCAGCUAGCCCCCCUCCCUCGACCAGACGCGCCGCUCCGGCCCCAGCCGCUGCUCCAGUGCCGGCACGUGUAGCUGCCCCACCACCAGCCGCACCUGUCCAUGCAGCACCACCACCAAGUGCCGUUGGUAUGCCGGCUGCCCAGCAGCCUUCCAUGUUCCAACAAAUGGCCGCCACCGCUGGUGGUGUGGCUGUUGGAUCGGCCAUUGGACACACUGUUGGACAUGGCCUCACAUCUCUAUUCAGUGGCUCCGACAAGGAGGCAGCAGCACCAGCUCCAGCUGCAGCUGCUCCAGCGGCCCCACAACAGCAGCAGCAAUACUUUGCCCAGCAGCCAAAUGAACCACAAGGCGCAUGCGCCUGGGAAAUCAAACAGUUCCUGCAAUGUGCCCAAGGUCAAUCUGAUUUGAGCCUCUGCGAGGGCUUCAACGAGGCCCUGCGACAGUGCAAGGUGCAACAUCAUUUGCAGUAGUGGGAAGCAGCAAACAACCAGCAAACUAACUAAAUAUCCUAACUAAAUAACCAUCCCCCCUCAACAAAAAAUGGCGAAAAUGUUAAACAAAAAAAAAAUUUAACUUGUUCUCCUCCUUUUUUUUUUUGCUUUCUUUCGUUUAGUUUUAAUUGUUAAAUGCAUAAAGCACAUAUAAAAAAAUCUUUGUUUAAUUGUAGAAAAAAGAAACAAAUAAGAUAAAUUAUCAAUAUAAAGCAGUGAUUCUCGAGAAACUACACCACCCCCUCCCGGGAAUCAUUGCGGAAAACAAAAA